GUAGCAGAGCACCUCUGAUGCUGUACACCAGUUCGGUAUCACCAUGAACCCCUUCCAACCUGAGUAUGAUGCUUAUCCAAUUGAAGAGCCCAGUGAUGAAGAACGUGCCAAUAGCAGUUCUGAAGAUGAAUUAGAUGUGCUCUUACAUGGAACACCUGAUCAGAAACGCAAGUUUAUUCGGGAAUGUCUGACUGGUGAGAGCGAGUCCUCCAGUGAGGAUGAUUUUGAAAAGGAGAUGGAGAAGGAGCUGAGUUCUACCAUGAAGACGAUAGAGGGAAGCUGGCAACCACUUGGAACAGGUAUCAGUGCUGCCACCACAUCAGCAGAGGGCAGCAAUCUGAAGUAUUAUGAUGAUGUGUAUUUUGACUCUGACUCUGAGGAGGAAGGUAAUGAUCAGCAAGAAAAGAAGCAAAGAAAGAAGCAGAGGCACAAAAUAUUAACCAAUGAUGACCUCCUAUAUGAUCCAGAUGAGGAUGACCGGGAUCAGGAAUGGGUAGAUGCAAAGAGAAGAGGGUACAGGAACAUGAAGAAAAACAGACAAACGCAUGCUCAGCAAACCGAUUUGCAAACUUUGCCCAAUAGUGAUGCCAUAUUGAACUGCCCAGCCUGCAUGAUUACUCUCUGUUUGGAUUGCCAAAGACAUGAGUCAUACAAGACCCAGUACAGAGCUAUGUUUGUUAUGAAUUGCACCGUCAACAAGAAUGAGGUUCUUAAAUUUCCAGAACAGCCCACAAAGCACCGAAGACGUAAUCGCAAGAAACUGAAGGUCCAAUCAACAGGCUCUGCUUCAGAAACACAGAACACAGAAACUGAAAUGUUCCACCCUGUGAAAUGUAAUGAGUGUUCCACAGAGGUGGCAGUUUAUGACAAAGAGGAAGUGUAUCAUUUCUUCAAUGUCUUAGCCAGUCACUGCUAGCACAAACACUGGACCUUGUGGCUGGAAGUGU